AUGGACGCGUCGAACGAGCUGGUGGCGAGCGUUGUGCGCAUGCAGCUGUCGAGCCCGAACUUCGCAGAGUACUGUGUGGCGCACGUCACCGACCCGAAGCACCGCUUUCUCUUCGCCAAGGACGAAAGUGCGGAGCGGCUCCAGUACACUCGCCUAUUGGCUAAACACCAGCAACAGGAAAGCAGCAACGCAGGAGCAGCAGCUGCAGGACCGCACUCGACAUCAUCGCUGGGGUGCGGCAGCAAUGCAGCCGCAGCGUUGUGGGCCUCAUUGCUCGAUUACUUCGCGUCGGCGCGUAAUGUGCGUGGGCCGCACAUGCCGCACAUGUUUCGCACCGAGAAGGACCUCGCCGAGUUUGUUGAGCUGCUGAAUGGUGCGCAGAGCGACGGCGCAUGCCGUGAGGGCGUCGUGCAGCACAUGCUGCGGCGCCUGCCCAUGACGGAGACCUUCCUGUACGUGCUCUGCUUCCUCUGCGACACGCAGGUGCAGGAGGCCCACCGAGCCGCACGCCUCCGCGGCGACGCCGCAGCUGCUGCUGCUGUGGACGAUGCCACGCUGCAGUCCGCGGGGACGCUUUUGUUCAUCGCGAACAUGCUGCUGGCCGAGCACGAGGCGCUGUCGCGGCCGCUGCGCUACAAGGCGGCCUUCGCGGCGUACGAACUACGCAUGGUUGCGGUUCUCGCCGCCGCGGCACCACGGGACUCGCAGGUGGCGGUGUUUUUGCGGGAGACGGUGUCGGUGUGGGCCGCGUGCGCUACAUUCGACGCAGAGACGCUGCUGCAGAUGAAGCAGGCGACUGGCUGCGCGUGA